AUGUUCAGGUCAGCUCCAGCUCCAGAUGCUGCAGCUCCUGCGGGAGCUCCCGGGGCUCCUGGCGCUCCUGGGGCAGAAGGAGCACCAGGCACAGGCGCUCCUGCCCCUCCCAACACCUCCAGCAAUCGCCGACUACAGCAGACACAGGCGCAGGUGGAAGAGGUUGUUGAUAUUAUGCGUGUGAAUGUGGAUAAAGUCUUGGAGCGGGACCAGAAACUGUCAGAGCUGGACGACAGGGCCGAUGCAUUGCAGGCUGGAGCCUCUCAGUUUGAGAGCUGCGCUGCCAAGCUGAAGAACAAGUACUGGUGGAAGAACUGUAAGAUGAUGAUUAUGAUGGGCAUUAUUGGAGUCAUAGUGGUUGGGAUAAUCUUCUUAUAUUUCUUCUCAUGAGCUCAUCCAGCUGACAGGGAUAAGAAAACCAGUGAAAGGAGGCA